AUCGAGGAGAACUGGGGCGCGGCGCCAGGCCCAUGGAGAGACUCGCAGCUGCAACAGGUCGACUACUCCGAGGUCCAAUUGAGCGGCGUCGAGAUGACCUUGGUCGACGAAGGCGGCAACGCGUUCGCGCCGGCGACGCUGAAGUGGCGCCGCUGGGCUCUCAAGGGCAUGGUCAAGGCGAUGGAAGGCCCUCGUCCGCUAGAGAUGCGAUCUCAGCAUGCCAACCAUCACGCGUCAUGGAUCAAGCGCAAGCUGCGCGGGAUCCGCAUCUCGCAUCUCGCCGAGAUGGCCAGGGAGGAGUUCGAGAUCGAG